AUGGACAAAGCAAUGUUGUAUAUUGCUAAAGAAGACAACUGCAGGGUCAAUGAAAUGAAUGAUGAAACCUACAGGGUCGAAUACCACGACAUAGUUCAAGAAUCCAACGAAUUAUUUCCAAAACUCGACACUCAAACGGUUGUCGAACACUUUAUUAAAAAAUACCCAAUGAUUGAAACCGAAAAAGGACCAAUCAAAUUAACUAUCCAAAACAUUCAACAUGAUAAUAUAGGUAUUUUCCGUUUAAGUCACGGAGUUCCAGACUGGCAAGUAGAAAGAUACAUUGAAUCAUUUUUCAACAACAAAAGCAAAAAGUGGAGAUCAACAUUAAAGCUGAGAGCCAAUAUACCAGUUAAAGGAGGGGAGGAUAUAGACUUUACAGUCUUGAAAAGUUGCAAAAACGAAGCAGUUAAAGGAAGUACUAAGUCAAGAUACGGGGAGACCACCGCAUCAUUCUUUAUGAUUGGUUGGUCAGGGAACCGGAUGCCAAAAAAGACAAGGUACUUUUGGAAAACCAGGAGAUUAGACCUUGCCUCUACGGCUAAAUUCUGCACCACUUGUCGUACGUUAGGUCACACAAGAUGGACAUGCACCUAUGGAAACCACUGCUUCCGUUGCAAUGAGAACUCUCACUCCACUGGUGGCCACUUUGCCUACAUGGAGGCACAAGAGGCCAAGGUAGCAAAGACCACCGGUUAUACACUCAUAUCAAAAAACAAAAAAAAGAGGAGGGUCCAGAUCCCUGGAUACCCACCAAAAAACUCACCAGCCAAUCAAGGCCAAACUAUUUCAACCAAUCAAGGGACUACUAAAAACUUACCAGCCGACCAAGGCCCAACUACUCCAGCCGAACAAGGCAAAACUACUUCAGCCGAACCUGGAAAGGUUCAAAACACAAGUGCAAUCACUGCCCCAACAGAACCUGUCUCCCAAGAUGGUGUUCAAACUCCCAGUGAAAACACUGACCCAUUUAAAACUGUUGUUACAAACUGGGUUCCAACCAUCAGGGAACACACUGAACCGGUCGUUGAAGGCCUUAACAAAAUAAACUACACCAACAACUCCACUGUCACCACACCAAAACCAGUAAAACCAUUGGAAAGUGUGUGGAUGAACGAAACCUCUAAGGAGGAUGAGGAGAUAACUAUCUUGGAAGAAAGAAAAGUCCCAAGAAUAAGAAAACCAGCACAAAACCCGGUAUCCAUGUCUUCUGAAGAAGAUGAUGAAAAUGAUGCUGAUUAUACUGAUGAAACCAUGGAUGAAGUUUCUGAACAAGAUUCAGAAGAUGAUAACAUGGAAACAGAAGACUACCAAGAUGGAAUUACUAAUGUUGAUGUACCAGAAGAAACAAUCAACCAAUUUAUUCAGAUUAAAAAUGAGAGUCAGUACGAGUACGUCAACGUCGGGUCAUUCAACUGUGAAAAGACCCAAAAUGUAUUAGCUCCACAAGAACUAAUUGAAAAAUAUGACAUUCUAUUCCUCCAAGAAUUGAAUGAGUCAAAUAUAAAAAUAAUCAAAAAACUUAACUUACCAACAACCUUGAUAUUUUCUGAAAAAACCGGAAUUAUCAUACACCACAAAAUCAACGGACUUAUCAAAGUCCACAAACAACAUGUGAUUGAUAUAGGAAUUCAACUACCUCCUUAUCUCAGUGAUGCAUUGGUUACGAUCAAUAAAAAGAAAUAUCACUUGAUCAAUACCUACUACCCAAUCGCAGACAAAUCAAAACAACAAAAGGCACUUACAACAUGCCUAUCCGAAAAUUUAACGAAAGAUAAACCCAUUAUAUGGGGUGGGGAUUUUAACCACAUUCUCUCGAAAACUCUAGAUAGGAGUUACGAGGGUGCAGACAAACCGGGAGAGGCUGGUUCGAGGAAACUAUCAUUAGAACUCUACCAUCAACUCCAACUCAAGGAUGUCUUCAGGUCACUAUUCCCAACACAAAAAAACCACAAGAAUAAUAACCCUCAUAACAACAGGAGAAUUGACAGGUUUCACAUCAGUGAAACAAUCGAUGUGGGGGAAUUCCACCAAGAAAAAUUAACAACAAUCAAAUCCACACAUGACCUUAUUGCAAUCACAGUUAAAAUAAGCAAUAAACCAAUUAUUGACAUGGGAAGACCUAGGUUUAUCAUCAGAGACAACCUUAUGGAAAACCCAUUGUUCAUUAAGGACAUUAUCAAAAAUAAACCAAAGAAUUGGAAACAACUUAAACAAACAAUUGCAAAACUAACCAAAACCAAACGAUACAAGAAAGUGGAGAAAGAAUUAGACUCGGACACCUUUGAUGACUUAAGAGUCAGAUUCGACGGCAAAACCAAACCAAAAAAUAAGGCAAUACUUAAAAUGGAAGACGUGGAUGGCUCUAUAGCCGAAACCACUGACGAAAUUCUAAUAAUUGCCAAGCAUUUCAUGGAAACAUUGUACAAAAAAUCUCCAAACAUACCCAACAACAUCACCCAUUAUUUAAAAGAAUUUACAACCAAAGUAACCAACGACGAAAGAGCCAAGUUAGAUGCUCCCAUCACAUUGAAUGAAUUAACAGAUGAACUAACAGGAAAAUCCGCCUCUUCUGCUCCAGGGGAGGAUGGAUUCAAUUUCCGGUUUAUCAAGAUAUGCUGGGAUGUGAUUGGACCCAUCUUGGUCAACGUAAGUGAAGAAAUUCAAAAUAGUGGAAAACUCCCCCAGGAGUUACAAAACAUCAUCAUCAACCUCAUUCCCAAAAAAGGUAAAUCAAACCACAUAAACAAUACCAGACCCAUAAGUAUAAUAGAUUGUGCCAUCAGAUUAAUUAGCCUGGUCUAUAAUAGUAGGUUUCAGAAAAUUCUCACAAAUUAUAUCAGUCCAAACCAACACGGAUUUUUAUCCGGCAGGACAAUCAGCGAUGCUUCUCAGAAAAUCCAAUUGGUAAUAGAUGAAAUGAACAAACACAAAAGAAAAAUUAGUGGGCCGGGGGCAAUCCUCGUGGAUAUGGCAAAAGCCUUUGCUUCAUUGGACCACCUGUAUCUCAAGCAGGUACUCAAAAAGUUCAAUUUGGGACCGAGGACAAUACUGUUUUGCAUGGCCAUAACAAGUGGACAUAAGGGACAAGUCCUGGUGAAUAACAAGACUUCUGAAGAAUUCAAGUUGGACAGAGGGGUAAGACAGGGAAAUCCAUUGUCACCUCUUUUGUUUAUACUUGCUUUAGAACCUUUGUUUUUUCAGUUGAACCGGAGAAUCCAAGGGAUCCACAUGGGGAAAAAGUCGCGGGUCACUCGGAGACACAUUCUCUAA